AAAAAAGGAGAAUAUUCUAGCAAAGGAACCGUGCAAAAGUACAUUGAAGAUUUCCUGGAAUCUGUACUAUUUCUGGAAUCUUCCACCUAUCCACCUAUACUCAAGCGGGUCUUUGACUUACUUGAAGAAGAAGCAGCUAGGAAUGGGAUAACCGAUCAUCAGUUGGUGCAGCAGUGGAAAUCAAACUUGUAUAUAUUACGAGUUUGGGUACAUCUUAUCAAGAAUCCGAAAAUUUUACUAGACGUCUCGGAGUCCAUAAGCCAAGAUGGCAACUUGUCUGUUGUCGCACAGACAUUGGUGGAUUGCUUCUCCUUUUCUGAACAGUCGCUAGGGGCUCAUUCGCCCAGCUCUAGGCUGCUAUUUGCAAAGGAAGUUGCACGCCUUCGACCUCUGUCCACCGACCUCUUCAGAAGAAUUCGAAGGCAGCCACCAAUAUGUGAAGAAACGUUCACUGAAAGUUUAAAUGAAGUUGCUAAUGAUCUUCGGGACUGCACUCGUUCCACAGUUGCUUUAUCUGAACUACUUACGUGGGUACGAGGGAACGGCGUUCGUUUGAUUGAAGUUCUUUCAUCAAAUGAAGUCUGUACCUCACAGCGCUUGCCAUCACGAUUAUCUCAGGUUAUCAACUUGUCACUCGAUCCCUCAGAUCACAUUUACUCCACUAUACUUGACGACGCCUGA